ACCGGUUCUAUCCGAUCAUGCCGAACAGGAUACGACACGACAAGACAUUUGUCGAGUUGAAAUAUGGAGACGAGAUGAUGGACGGUGCUGGAUCCGACGAUGAGAUCCAGAAACGGUUCACCAGCAUUCCUCCCCCGCAGAUUUGUGUUUCGGAUCCAUAAGUCAGCAAGUCAGCUAGCUCAUAGUUCAGCUAGUUGCCGUGGGACGGCAUAUUUUUGCAUUCGCCGUGUGGUGUUUAUUUGUGUGUUUUGGGCGUGUCCAUCUGUGCUCACCGUCAUCUUGCCAGAGUGCCAGUCAGUCGCGCAAAGAGAGAGAGUCCAACAGUCAACAGUCAACAGUCGACAGUCGGAACAACAAAGUUCAGUGGCUUGUGGCUUGGCACUUGGCUGUGUGGCGGCCUGGGGGGGGCUCAAGCGACAAGCAGCGGGUUUAGCUCAGGAGAGAGAGAGCCCAGUGCGAGCGGCCCAGUGCGGGCGGCCCCAGCUUGCCAGCUUGAGCGAGAGCCAAGUUUGGGUCCAUCCAAAAGGCCCACGGGGGGCUUGGGUUCGCUUCCUGUCAGAUAGGGAUCCGCCACGGGCGUUGAGAUCGCAGGUCCCGGAGAGAACUCAGCGACAGGUCCAGCGGGCCUAGAAGAAGCAGGUCACCGCAGAGGCAGGGCAUCGUCGAAGCAGGGCAGCUUCCAGCAGGCCCACCAUCACCCACCGACCGGAACCGUUGCAGGCCAGUCGCAGGGGACGAAACAACUGAAAACGAGCUCCUCCCCCGGUCGCGGCCUGGGGUGCCUCAUCCGGAAACUGGGCCUGGCAGGCAUCUUCUGA